AUGCCAAGAUGCCAUCUCAGGCACGCCGUGCUGCAAACGUGUGGCGUCACGUUACUGCUGCUUCCCAUUGCUGGGUACCUGUGGCAGAAGCUCACCUCCAAGGUUGCAGGUCAGAACCUCUCCUCGUUGUUCGCAGUCAUCUGGAAGUACCGAAGGACGGACUUCCGAGGCUUCAUGCAGAGUCACCGAGCUGCCAUCCAGAAAGGGAAGGAGUCUGGCGACUAUGUUCCCGGCGUGAUGAACUACUACAGCCUGAUGUCGGACUUGAUCACUCUCACAAGUGGGCCCUUUUGGCACUUCGUCCCCAUGAUCAAGGGCAUAUCUCGUGAUGAGAGUCACAUGCGUUUCCACCACACUUUGUCGCAGUACUUGGGUGCAGGCAAAGACGACAAGGUCUUGGAGAUUGGAUGUGGCUAUGGCGAGAUGGGGCGUCAGGUUGCAAAGAUCUCUGGUGCCAGCGUGACCGGCCUGACCAUGGCGGAUGCAGAGAUCGUGGGUGGCAACCUUCGGAUCAAGGAAGCAGGACUCGAUGACCGAUGUGCAAUUGUGCAAGGAGACUACAACAAGACGCCGUUUCAGGACUCGAGCUUCGACAAAGUCUUCGGAGUGUACACCUUGAAGUAUUCUUCCAACUUGGAGGUGGUCUUCACAGAGAUGGCAAGAGUGCUGAAGCCCGGCGGAAAGUUCCUGUCCUACGAAAUUCUAGUAACGGACAAGUACGACGCCUCCAAUGCCGAGCACAGGGAGUACGUUGGCAACAUCUCUACUUGCACCUGUAUGCCUCCGUUGUGGCCUGCGGAGGCCAUGCGCAGCGCUGCGAAGAAAGCUGGCUUAGUUCCGGCGGUUGAGGAGGACAUUGGAGCGGUGCCGACAGCGCGGCCUUGGUACACCUGCUUCACCAACGGCAUAUACCAAGUCUUAGUCUGCCCUCUCUUGCUCCCCUUCUUCCGGACUGCAGAGACGCUACGCCUGUUGCCGCCAGCCUUUAGUGAUUGGUUUGAGAAUCUCCUUGUCCAUCCGACGGUCGACUUUGUGCGCGCUGGCAGGCUUGGAAUCAUCAGCGGCACGCUCGUCAUGACAUGGCGAAAGCCGUAG